GUUAUUUUUUGCGUUCGUAUCAAAACUAUAGCGAACAGUUCGAUUACGCAUGCCCACAGAAAUCGUUCGCGAGAGAAGCAACCCCGUUUCAUCGUCGUCCGCGUCGUCGUCGUCGUCGUAGACGCGAUCGCACAAGUUCUGUUGCGCCUUCGGUAAAGUACGGACACACUGUAUACGAGUAUCAAUCUACAUACUAAAAAUGCCGCACGAGAAAACGCGUCUUUUCUCGAAAUACAAUUUCUAAUCAGUUUGUGAGUGAUUUAAAAACCCACGAAAAGUGCGAUUAAAGUGCGUAUUAUUUACGCAAAGAGACAUUGUCGUUAACACGCCUUUUGAACCGGUAAAAUUUUCGCUCGAUGCGUGCUUUUGGGCGAAGCAAAUGGGAAAAAAUGAAAUGAGAUUGGAAAUGAGUUUGUUUUUAACAAGUUUUUUGGGGGUUUUUCGUUGGUGAUGAGAUGAGUGAAAUAAAGUAUAAAGAUCAUAUUUUAGAAGCAAUUGACCAGCUGCGACGUCGAAAGGCUCGACCCGACGCUGAUCGAAUUUUUAACGCGCUCGCCCGCCGCCACAAUGUAAAUUACGCGGACGCGAAAAACGCGUUGGAACAAUGCGUUCAAAACGGUUGUGUACUUAGAGUCGAAUAUAAAGGUAAUAUAAGUUAUAGAAAUGCGGCAAAAAAAUUUUCGCACUUACGCCGGGACGCCCAAGGGGAAAUAAUACGCGAGAAUACGAAUAAAUCGAAAUUUACCGGUUUAUUAACGCACGCGAUUGCUGAAUUGGUAUUACAGGAACCCGAUUAUUUACAAUGGGGAGUGCCCGGUGGUGAAUUGCUUAAAAAGAUAUUGUCGAAAGACAGUGUCAGGUACACCGAGAAAUACGUGUCUAUUCUAUUAGACAAGGAGGUACAAACUGGUAGUUUAAUAAAGAUGGAGAACGGUAAUUUUUUAGUCGGUCCAGAAAAAAGUCAAAAAACAGAAGUUAUCACGCCGAUUAAAUACGCGGAAAUUCCCGAAACGUCCAACGUUCAAGUUAUUCCAACGGCGGAAGUUAAAGUUAAGAAGAAACCCGGCCCUAAACCUGGAUUUAAGAAGGCUUUUGCUGACAGACAAACCACAACAAAUAAUCUUGUCGUUGACAGUUAUCGCGAUAAGAAAAAUGCAACGGACAAUGAAAAGCUUCGAGUGGGUGGCAGGAGAAAGUUUCAAAUCUGCCAGAGAGCCAAGAAAGUGUUUGAUCCGUCCGAUACGCAUAUUCCAAGGAAGAAAAGGGGUCGCCCGAUCGGCUCGCUUAAUAGAUCUACCAUUGAAAAGCAAUUAUCCAAGAGCAGUGAUAAUGAAUCUCGGCCGGAAUCUCGUUCUUCAACUGCUAGUCAUAAAGACCAACAGGGUACUUGUUCCGUUUGUCAGGGUAAAAAGGCUUCGGGUGAUCGAUUGGUUGCCUGUCGAGAAUGCACUAAUAAAGCACACGCAAGUUGUUUAAAUGGUGAUGACAUGAUGCUGAGAAUGUACCCUGAUAAUACAUGGCAAUGUCCACAUUGUAAAACAUGCGUAAUUUGUUACGAAACAUCCGAAAUUGGUUACUUAGCGGUUUGUUCCAUUUGUGCCGAUUCUUACCACAUGAGUUGUCACCAACCUCAAUUAACAGAGCGCAUAAAACCUGGUACAAAAUGGCUUUGCGUUAAUUGCCAACUUACAGAACAACUGGAAAUGAAAGAUGUUGAAAUUGAAUUUGAUAAUGAAGAUAGUAAACCAACUGAAUGUCCAACUCCUUCCUCACAUUCUUCCGUAAAUUCUUCGCCAGAUCACCACUUCAGAUCUUUGCAACCAUCUCCAGUUCCUCUCAGCCCACAAACCCAAGUAAUAAAUGACCACAGAACAAGUCCGUCGCUUUCCGUAAAAUCCGACAGUACAAGUUUUAAAGACAUGGAUGUUGAAGAAAAUAUUGAUCCGACCAUUCCAGAUCCGACCCAUUGGACUUACGACGAAGUUUACAACUAUUUCGCGCAAUAUUUUCCCGAAGAAGCAAAAGCGUUUUUAGAACAUCAAAUCGAUGGUAGAUCAUUGCUUUUAAUGAAACGAUUCGACGUUUUAACCGGUUUAAAAUUAAAACUAGGUCCUGCUUUGAAAAUUUACCGUCAUGUUCUCAAAUUGCAAUAUCGUCGUGAUGAUCCUAAGUUGUAUUGGUUAUAGACUAACAAAAAAAAAUACUAUUGUUUUUAUUACAUUAUGGAGAAAGUUUAUAUUUAUAUUUAUGUCUACUUUAAAAAUUACAUUGUAUUUUGGGGUCUUAUUUUGUUAAUAAUUAUUAUUAUAAAAUCAAUUAUUUGUAUUUAUGUGCUGGGUAUUCAGUUUAAUAUGAUGAGGAUAUAUAAUUUAUUAAAAAUUCGCAAAAUUACUCAUAUAGGUAAAGUUAUGGCAAUAACAGAAAUAACUUGCUCAAUUUAGCCAAAUUGAAUUUAUUUGGUUUACUAAAGAAAUGAGCUGAAACUCCUUUUGUGUAGCCAUGGAUGGAUAACAAAUCAAGACAAAUUUGGUUGGUUAAGUGCGCAGGUCGCAUAAAAAAACAUAAGUUAUUAAAUAAAUAUAGAGCGUCGAUAAUCUUUUAAUUCUUAUUUGUGCACUCAUGAUUUUUCUUUUAGAACACAUUGGUACAUUUCAUACUCAUCUCUUAGUAUUUCUUCUGCUUUUUGAACCGGUGCCCUAAAUUGCCAAAAUCUUUCUCCUGGACAAUUUUUAAACUCAAGAUCAUAUUCUUGUAGUCCAAAUCUAUGGAUUAUCUGAGGGUCUUGACUUUUUUUCGCGUUAAGAUACACAUCAAACGACAUCAAUAAAUUAUGCAAAAUACUAGUCAUCAAUUCCUUCUUACUUUUCAUUUUUACAAUGUUAAGUCAAUUCUUUCUGGAAAAUGAGAUCCUGGAAAUCGAUGAAUCAUUGUUAUCCAUCCCACAUUCUUCAGCAAUCUAAUCCCACUUUAUGAAAUUUGAAAUAACUGCAAAACUAUGGAUUUUCCAUCAAAUACAUAAUUAGUUCCAGCAAUCAAGUAUGGAUUUGGUAUCUUUUCCACAAGUUUCUCUACUGGUAAAUGGAUAAUUAAGUCACACUUAUUGUGGAGUUUGCUCAUCCUAUUGAUCCAGUGAAACUAGGAUUUUUUGGCAUUUUGUCACUGGACCAAAAUGUUUGCAAAAUAUGUUCUAAAUCAAUUUAUAGUGGUAUCACUGAAAGGCAAGGUUGCCAUUACAUUUUACAGCAUAGUGGCAACACUGCUGAAAGGCGAUAUCACACAGUUCCUUACAUUUUUGCACCUUUUUAUGGCAGCUAAUGCGUGAGAGACCAGACACCAGCGAUCCAGAAUUAAAUGCUCACAUUUAGAGGUUAAGAGAAGAACCACUGGUUACUACUUAUACAGUGUUGGACAAGAUUAUUAAUAGUGUUUCAGCAAAUUUUUUUUUCUUUAUGUUGACUAUGGUCAGUUCUCGUCAAAUUAAAUUGUAUUACUUGCAGUACUUUGUAGCGUUACAGUCACCUUAUAAACAAAUCUUAUUUCAUUUGUGGUAAUUUACCCAUUUGACAUAAAGAUGUUUGUCUAAAAUGUCUAAAUGAAGAAGAUAAGCCACAUCCACCUAAGUAAAAAAAGAAUUAAUUAUCUGUAUUAAUUUAUCUGUCUCGCUUUACUUUUCGAUACAUUAUUGAUGCAUUACUUUAUCAGGUGACUGUACUAAAUAAUUUGUAUUUAAACAAGAAAUAUUUAAUUUUUUUUACUCUACUAUUAGGGAACAUUAUUUUAUUGUGAUAUUUAUAUAUAUCCGCAUGACUUAUUACACAUAGUAACACUUGUAUUAAUUGUAAUUGUUCCUUUUUGUUAUUAAUAAUGUAAAAAUCUAUAAAAAUUCCUUUAGGUAAAUUUAUAAAAAACGCUGUGAUCAUUCUUGUUAUUAGCUAAGAUGUUUUAAAAAGGAAUAAUUACAGUUAAUAUAUCACUUGCCUGUAUAAAUAUAAUAAAAACCGUAUUUAUUUAAA